UGUGACUAGUUCAGAGUGGGAGGGAAAAGAUGGCGGCCAAUGUCAGCCUCCUAAACAUGGCUGUGUUCAGCGGUAGUUCCCGCGGUCUGUGGCCGCCGGUGAAGCGCCUCCAGGGAGGCUUGCUGCUGCUCCUGGCCGCCGGCCUUCUCAGCCAGCGGGUCCGGGCGGAUGAGCAGGAGUUCAUGGAGGACUUUCUGAAGCGGGAAUAUUCCCUGGUGAAGCCGUACCGAGGUGAGGUCUGCUGGCUAAUCCUCUCUCCUGAUCUGCAGCCUCUGGUUUUGAGGGACUGGGAACUCCAAGUUCACUUUAAAAUCCACGGCAGCGGGAAGAAGAACCUGAACGGGGACGGACUGGCCAUCUGGCUCACCAGAGACCGCAUGCAGAAUGGUCCAGUUUUCGGGAACAUGAACCAGUUUGUUGGACUGGGAGUAUUUGUGGACACCUACCCAAACGCAGUGAAGACCCAUGAUGUGAGUAGAAACCCAUCGUCCAACUGCAGGCGGACUUCUGCUGGUUUAGAUUUAAGUGCUCUCUCCUUGGCGCUCUGCCUUGGCGCUCUCUGCCCUGGCGCUCUCUCCUUGGCGCUCUCUGCCGUGACGCUUUCUGCCUUGCUCCUGGUGGAUGUGGACGGCAAACAGGAAUGGAGAGACUGUGCUGAAGUCAGCGGGCUCCGUCUGCCAGCAGGGUACUACUUUGGAGCUUCCUCUGCUACCGGAGACCUGUCAGAUAACCAUGACAUCAUCUCAAUGAAGGUCUACCAGCUGACAGUGGAGCGGACUCCAGAGGAGGAGGAGGAGGAUGAAGAGGUGGUGUCCAUGCCGCGGGUGGACAACAUGAAGCAGUUUGAAGUGGACGUGGAGGAUGAAGGAAUGAGUGGAGUCCAGUUCUUCUUCACGCUGCUCUUCUCCAUCCUGGGCCUCGGCGUUGUGGCGGUGGUGGGCCUGGUGCUCUACAGCCGCUGGAAGGAAAACAAACGCAAACGCUUCUACUGAGGAGGCUCCUCCAUCUACAUUACAACCACUGAUGAACAGAACCAACCAGAACUCUCCUCACCAGCAGGGGGCGGCUGCGUUCAGAUCAGGUGUCUCUGAUUGGACAGUUGCGUCUGUGGCUCUUUGAAGAUAAUCUAAAGAACUAGUUUUCUAGAAGCAGCCAACUGCAGUCUGAUGACCUUAUUGCUGCUAAAUGAGCAGACUGAGUCCCUGUGAGACCCCCCACCCCCACCUAUAGCCAUUCAAUCAGUAACUGUGAAGUGAUUUACUCUGCUAGCUGCUCCUACUUUCUCUCUGAGGUUUCCUCCAGUUUACCUCAGACUGUUGCACUGAUAUAGACCCACCGCCUGUUGGACCUCAGGGAUUAAAGGCUGGUUCUGUGCCUGGUUCUGACUGGACCCGGUCUGACCUGCCUGGUUCUGACUCGACCCGGUCUGACCUGCCUGGUUCUGACUGGACCCGGUCUGACCUGCCUGGUUCUGACCCACAAACACCUGACCCUGAAUGACCCGUAGCCUUUUAACUUUCUAAUUGUUUACAUCAGAGAUCAGAUGAGUUUCCAGCCGGGAGCUUCUACAGACCUCUGACUUCAGCA